AUGUCAGUGGAUGCGCAGGGCGCUCCGAACGAGCCAGACGGUCGGGCACCCCCAACCGAUAAGAAGGCCGAGGGCGAUACCGCAGCACGCGAACAAGCACCGCGCGACGCGACAGCAGAAGCCGUUGAGGAGGAAGUGCCACCGCCAAAGCCACAGCCCAAGCCCUGCGGGAUAUUCGCCUGUUUCCGCCCCCACAAGGAGAAUCACCCACCGGUCGAGGCCCAGCCGGCGCAGCCGCCCCCCAAGCCAACCGAACCGGGAACCAACGACGAUAGCAGGCCCAAUAAGCGCAAGGCCCACCCCUUCAACAUACUGGACGACUCGCCCGAGCUGGCCCAGCUCUUCAAGAGGUACCCCAGCCUCCCGACCAAGUUGACCAACAUCCACGUCGCGACGCUGCCGCCCGAGGACGAGCAGCCCGGCCGCGGCGGCCUCCCCUGGAACCUGCAGCAGGCGCCUGGCUACCAGCAUAAGAAGCCGAGGUGGACACACGACCUGGGCCUGCGCCGCGGCAAAGAAGCCUUGCGCAAGGCGAGGACAGACCCCGGCGAGGACGGGGACGCCGUGAGGGAGUACUGCGAGCUGGUCCUGCACCUGCUGUCCAAGCAGGAGGCUACGGGCGGCGUCACGGACCUGGUGAGGGAGCAGGUCAUGAAACAAGACGUGCAGCUCAUUGAGAAGCUGAUGGAGGCGGAAUCCAAGUUCACCUGA